CAGGAAAGUCAAAGUCCGUGAUCGUGAUCGGCCACACUGGGCCACACUCUAAGUUCUGUUACUCUGUUGAUCUAUAAAGUAAUUUUCUGUUUGUGUCUGAAACAUAGAUCAACUGACAAAACAAAUCAUAACGAUAGCUUCAGAACACUGAAGAGUCAUUAUUAAAUACAAUUAAGGUACAAAAUAGCAAAGCAAUCUUAAUAUAAUCUUCCGAAGUAAUCGAAAGAAGUGCCUAACAUUUUCUAAGUCUUGUUAUUUUACGAUAUAUUGUCAUUGAAUUGUGUUCGUCGAGCGUUUAAUGUUUUCCACGAGUUUUGCAAUGGUCCGAGCUGUUUUCUAGCAUCGUCUAGUAGUGUACAAUAUUUUGCAUGAGGGCACGACGGCGGUGCGGUAUACGCAUGGAAGCCUGGCGGACUGGUGACCCCGCGCUGCAUUCAUUGCGCGCGCAGUUUCGCCGAGCGUUGUCGGCAUGGACCGCGCGUGCCUCUCGCCGCCGUCGGAUCGCGCGAACCAUCGGUCGCUCCAAGGAGGACCCCGCGGAACCCUUGACUCCUCUCCCGCGGAGACCCUAAACGACCCAGAGACUCCGCGGCCUGCGCCGCGCGCGCUCCCCUCUAUCCCCGAGAGCGAGCCCUUGCUCCGCGACCCGCUCAGUGUCAGUGAUGUGCCGCGUAAACCCGCUCGCCCGCUACACGUGCAGUUCGACGCGCAGUCGCCGCCCGCGCCGGUCUCCGUCACCGGCUCCAGUUCCAGCUCUAGCUCCGAUGAUGAAGAUGUAUCGAUCACUGAAGCACGGCCCCCCGACGGUGGCUGGGGUUGGGUCGUCGUUUUUGCCUCGUUCUUGGUCAACCUCAUCGCAGAUGGCAUCACGUUCAGUUUUGGCGUUUUCUUCCCGCAUUUUCUGGAGUACUUUGGCGAGGGAAAGGGCAAAACCGCCUGGAUCGCCGGAAUAUUUAUGGCGAUGCCGUUGCUGUCUGGACCUAUUGCCAGUUUCCUGACAGACAGAUAUGGUUGCAGACGCAUGACUAUAUUAGGUUCCAUUCUGGCGGCUCUAGGAUUCAUCAUAUCUGCCUUCGUAGAUAACAUGGAAACACUAUUUCUUACAUUCGGUAUUAUGGCCGGAUUCGGAUUGAGUUUGUGUUACGUGGCGGCAGUUGUUAUCGUCGCUUACUAUUUCGAGAAGAAACGAUCCCUUGCCACCGGAAUUUCUGUCUGUGGAAGUGGAAUAGGGACGUUUAUAUUUGCGCCGUUAACGUAUAUUUUACUAGAUGAGUAUGGGUGGCGUGGAACAACAUUAAUUCUCGCUGGAUUAUUCUUAAACAUGGCUGUAUGUGGUCUGCUAUUCCGAGAUUUGCCAUGGACGGCCACUAUGAAUGAGGAGAGGGCAAAAGAAAGAAAAAGAAGAAGAGAAAGGAAACGAAAUAAACGUUUUGGCUCAUCGGUUGACAGUAUUUCAGACACCAAAAGUAGUGCAGCCGGUUCAACUAAAGUAACUGAUACAGUAGACAUUGAAGCUGUUACUUCAUCAGUAGUACCUCAAUUUAGUUCUUUAGUAGAUUUGCCUACGUUCAUGACGGGAGGCGAAGGCGUGUCUUUAGAAGUAUUCGAAUUAAUGUCCAACAGAGGAAGAGCUUAUGCUCUCUUAGCACAAAAUUAUCCAGGAGUAAUGUUACCUUCAAGAAGUUUUAGUGACAGUGGACGGUUACAUGAGCUAUCGCCGCCUAAAGCAUUAAUGUCACCAGGAACUGUUUCUCCCGGGACUAUGUCACCUACAUCUGUACCAAGUGCUCCGGAAUCGAACAGCGCAAGAACGCCUAUUAAUGAAAAGGCAGCUAUGUCUCUUUGGUUAAAGCGACAAGCAUCGGGAUCGACGAAAAAACCGCCAGCUUUCUUAAAAGAUCUUAGGAUACAUAGACAUUCUUUAACUUACAGAGGUGCUAUGCUUAACAUCAACCGAUAUAGGCUUCGUGCGUCAUCGUGCCCAAAUAUUUUUAGGAAUUCCAUGACAACCAUUGCUAAAGAGAAGGUGCAAUGGUACGCAGGACUUUGGGACUUUUGGGAUCUGGUUGUAGAUGUACUAGAUUUCUCACAUUUUCGCAAUCCUGCCUUCCUCGUGUUCGCUCUGUCUAAUUUCCUACUUUAUAUGUGGUACGAUGUACCCUACGUCUAUAUCGCAGACAAUGGACUCAAUAUGGGCUUCAAUGAGUCUCAGGCUUCAAUGUUGAUAUCUAUCAUUGGUAUUGUCAAUAUGUUUGGAGAGAUUCUUCUAGGCUGGGUAGGUGAUUGGCAGUGCGUGAACCCUAGCCUAGUAUACGCGGGCUGUAUGAUAAUGUGCGGUGUAGUAACGCUGGUGAUGCCGCUCCUCACAAGUUACUCUGGACUCGCGGCUGCGGCUGGAUCAUUCGGUGGUUUCAUAGCAGCCAAUUAUUCGCUAACAAGCAUUAUUUUAGUUGAACAGAUAACGUUAGAAAAGUUCACAAAUGCGUAUGGGUUGUUGCUUCUUAUGCAGGGAUUGGCGAAUCUCAUUGGACCACCAUUGGCCGGAUGGGUCUACGACAUGACGGAUUCUUACGAUCUGUCCUUCUACUUGUCUGGUGUUUUCAUCGGCAUAUCCGGCAUAAUACUAUUUAUAUUACCCAUUUGCAGUGGAAUAAAGAAGUAUAAUACGCGCCGGAAGAGGAAACCAACAAAUAAUGAGCUGCAAGUGAACGGCGACGCGAUACAGAAUGGCAAAAUCGUUUUGUAGGUUCUAGCAAAAAAAUAUCUAUAAAUUAUUAUUGGCAAUGAUGAAUGAAAUGACAAUGGUUUUCUUAUGUAUUAUUAUUAUUUUUAUUGUCAACCGAACCGCUAUUUUAUUGUGGGAUGCCAUGUUUGUAUAUGUGGUCCUUUUUUUAAAAAACAAUACUUGAAAGUAUUUUAGCUUUUUGUCUUCGAAUACUACUGUUUUGGUUCGGGGGGGCAUUGUCAUUUCAUAUUAUAAACAAACGUUAUUAGGAGAAUAUGUGAUUGUGAAUGAUAAAUUUCAUAGCUAGAUUUUAGGGUAGAAUGUUUUACAGGUUGACUGUAGGGGAUUUUUAUAAAGAUUUGAGUAAGGAUAUUUUCUUUAAAAUAUGUAUGUAUAUGACUUAAUAAUAUACGACGAAAUGGUAAGGAACAAAA